UAACGCCCAUAACGCUUAAAUCUGUAUACCGCCGGUAGGAGGCGCAUUUUAAUCUCGCUUUGCUUUUUGCAUAACUCUAUUUAGCAGAGUAACGGGUAUCUGAUAGUCGAGGUACUCGACUAUAGCGUUCUUCCUUGUUUUAUUUUCAAAAGUCCCCCAAAAUCUUGUUUUGCAUGUUACUUUUGAACGGAGCAUCUGAUUUUAAGUCAUUCCUCAUUUGACGCGUAUUUUUAGUGAGAACACAACUAGGUGAACAGCUGGGGGUAAUUAUCCCCACCGGCCCCAACAGAUAAAAUUUGUACUUUUUCUCUUUCUCUCAAACCAAUUGAUUUUCUUAAAGUCUUGGUAUGCAAUCCUUUUAGUUGUUGCAAUACCUUUCGAUUGAUGUAUCACUCGUAACAAGUGGACGAUUACUGUAGAUUUUAAUUUCUUCGUGUAUAUAUACAUAGUAGUCGCCUUCGCACACCCUCCUGGUGCGCUUCGUCCCUACGCAAACUGCCGUCCACAGUGAUGUUAAAAAAUAGUGUUAUUAGCUUGUUCCUAAGGUCUUGCGUUAUAUGUGUGUGUCUAAAGCAGAAAAAAGAUUAAAUUAAUUAUAUUUUGAUCGAUGUUUCAUGCAAUCAGGACAUUUAAUUAUAAAAUUUUAGAGAAUGCCCUCUAAAAACGCUUAGACAUUUUGUGAAGCCUUAUCCGUGGUAUAAUAUGCCACCAACUCUGCACAAGUUUUAUUUUUUUACUGAGGAAGCAAGAAAUAAAGACAUUACAAAAACAAAACAGUGAGUAAGAGCGGUUCGAUAUAUAAUUUCCUAUAAAGCUCACCGCGAUAUCGAAUAACGAGGCCACAUCAACCAUUUUAAAAACUAGGGAAAUUAUCGUUUUUCGCCUGGGUGGCAUCAUUGGCAAAGUCUCAAAAGAGGGCGGCAGAGAAAAUGGUGUCUCUAUUUAGAUUCUUACUCUACUCUACUCUAUGGACAUAAUGCGGUAAGAUUAGUUAACAGAUUGUGGUAGGCUAGCGACAUGCGCGGACAGCUUGAAGACGUUGACGGCGUCGGGCGCAGGCAGCGCAGGGAUAGACGCGGACAACGUUGGGACGAGGACAGCGUGCAGAUUUGAUGGAGUUCCUGAGAAGAAUACAGCAAUGCAACAGACCCCCAAGCGAAAUUACCGGUUGAACAAGGAGCAGGUAACUCUCGUGUUAACGAGUGCGGCUCCUACACCCGCGAGUAGUGGCGUGGGAAAUAAGCAGGUGAAGAAGAAAGUGAAAGCUAUUACGGCGCCCCUGAUUCACAGCCAGACGACUGCGACCACGGUAACAGCUUCCCAGCCUGGAAUUGUUGUCACCACGGUUGGAGCUAUAGAACCAGGACAGGUCCAGCCACUCCCAAUGUUGGAUCUCUUAUAGAGAAUCGCAACGCUGGAGAGGGAAAUGGAGCGUCAGGGCCGCCGGAUUGGUCCGCAAUUGUUCACGAGUGGUAACGGGAUCCCAUAAAACGGGGUCAGCACGAACAGUGCGGCAUUAGAGGCGCCGCCAUCUUGGAGCGGGCCAGCACUGUUAGCGAGUAACAGUCAUCAUCCACCAUUUUGUGCAACAAGUACCACGCAGACAGAGCAUGGGUUUGCACCGCCGGGUGUGAGCAUCCAGAACGACUUCAGUAGCUGGAUCCUACGCUGGGAUGACACCAAACAAAAAUAAUGGAAUUUAUAUGUCACGCAAGUUACCCGAUCUGCCAGUAUUUGGUGGUCACGCAGAGCACUGGCCGAUCUUUUAUUGUGCGUUUACUGAGACAAGGCAAAAGUACAACUGUAUGGAUCUGGAUAACAACCAAGGCUUUAAGUAUGACUUUUAUUUGCAGCCAGUUGAGUGGUAUUCAAGUGGUAUUCGCUUUUCGGAGAACAACUUGGCGAAGAUUGUACCGUUCGCAACACGUGUGAGUAUCCUCACAGCCAUCUUGCAGUCAGAUCAGCAUUUGGAGAAUCCAACGCAUAUAAAAGAUCUUGUGGCCAAGCUCCCUAUAAGUAAACGAGUAAAGUCGGCUAGGCAUUCUGCGAUGAUUAAACCUUUCCCGACCAUUGUGGAUUUUAGUGCUUGGUUGACGGAGUAUGCCAAUUUAGUGUGUACCACUGUGGACGUCGAAGGGAAAGAUCCGAGGCGUCGGUUGCUUCAUGAGAGCAUCGGCCAUGACCACGGAGACCAACAGGGUCGCCUUAGAAUUGUUCAAUUUCUGGAGGGCAACGUGAAGUCAGGGACUGUAAAGAAUUCAACGGAGCUCGGCCAAAAGACAGGGUCAGAUACUGCAAAUCGCAUGGUGGGUGUCAGUUUAAUGGAUGCCGUCAAAGGGAUCACACCCUGCUACAAGAGGCGGACAGCCAACGCAGAAGAUCGCCACAACAAGGAAAAGAUAGAAGAUUGACAGAGGGAAACCAGCAGUCAGCAGUUUCCAGGCGCAGCCACUGUAGUCAUAUCGAAUGCACACUGUACUUAGUGUUAUGCAUUACAAACCCAUUGUAGCACUUGGCCACAACAUGUAUACACAAAUACAAGUUCCAAACAGUUUUUUAAGUGCCCGGUAAUAUAAUCGCCGUUGAGUGCACUGGGACUGGGAAUGCGCGACCGCUCUGUCACCAUGUGAACAUAACAUACAUAAGCGUUGAACGCUGCUCUGCCGGCGUCCCUGGCGGCGCAGCUACACUCUCACUAGCUGUACGGGUAAUUGCAAUAGAGUUUAGAAUUAUUCAAUAAAGAGUACUCAAGCAUAAAGGUUGGCCUGGUUGAAUUAAUUGGAGAACAUUUACACGGCGACCCUGACUUGGUAGAUCGAAAUGCAUCCACGGACAUAGGACCAGGAAACUUCUGUCGUCUACAGCUCAACUCGCGAUUAUAAUUUGAACAAAUAAAGUACAGAAGCUGACCUGAUGGUCAACAUCAAACUGUGUGACUUUUUGAUGAAGAACAAAUUAUACAAAUCCACGAAGAGCAUCUGGUGGAAUGUAGAAAUGUAGGCACUGCAAGAAUGGUCCAAAUCGGCAGCAAAUGCAUGCAAAUUGACGGAAAUCAACAGGCGGAUGCAAUAGACCUUCUUUGCGAGGACACAUCCGGAAAUAAGUCCACAUACGAAUUGAAUUCCCACUCGGCAUGCUCCUUCUCCAGAGGAUCUCCUUGUGGUACCUUAGGCUGUAAGCCUAAUAUAUAAAAUAUAUAUAUU